AGCCAUCAAACCACCAUGGAUAUCAGAUCAGACUUCAGUCUAGGAGGAGGAGACGAUCAACAGUACACUAGCGCCGAGACUAACAGCAUGGCCAGGCAGAUGCUAUCUGAUACCAGUGAAAAGACACACGGGGUGUCUGUUGGUCAACAAACUGGAAACAAAACAAGGGAGAAACAACAUCAGUGUGAGGAGUGCGGCAAACAGUUCAGUCGACUGGGUCAUCUUAGGGGACACAUGCGGACUCACACAGGGGAGAAACCCUACAGGUGUGAGGAGUGUAGCAAGCAGUUCAGUCAGCUAUGUACCUUGAAGACUCACUUGCGGACUCACACAGGUGAGAAACCUUACAGGUGUGAGGAGUGCAGCAGGCAGUUCAGUCAGCUGGGUGAUCUGAAGAGACAUAUGCAUAUUCACACAGGGGAGAAAUCCUACAAAUACCAGUGUGAGGAGUGCAGCAAGUGGUUUGGUGCCCUGAGUGCCCUGAAGACACACAUGCGGACUCAUACAGGUGAGAAACCCUACAGGUGUGAGGAGUGCAGCAAGCAGUUUAGUCAGCGGGGUCAGCUAAAGAGACACAUGCUAACUCACACGGGAGAGAAACCCUACAGGUGUGAGGAGUGCAGCAGGCAGUUCCGUCAUCUGGAGAGUCUUGAGAAACACAUGCAAACUCACACAGGGGAGAAACCCUACUUGUGCGAGGUAUGCAGCAGACAGUUCAGUCAGCUGAGUAAUCUGAAGACUCACAUGCGGACUCACACUGGGGAGAAACCCUACAAAUGUAAGGAGUGUAGCAAGCAGUUCAGUCAUCUGGUUAGUCUUGAGAUACACAUGCGGACUCACACAGGAGAAAAACCCUACAUGUGUGAGGUAUGCGGCAGCCAGUUCAGAGAGCGGGGUAAUCUGAAGAGCCAUAUGCAGACUCACACAGGGGAGAAACCCCAUAGGUGUGAGGAGUGCAGCAAGCGGUUCUAUCAUCCGAAUCAUCUAAAGAAACACAUGCGGACUCACACAGGUGAGAAACCCUACAAGUGUAAGGAGUGCAGCAAACAGUUCAGUCUGCUGAACAUUCUGAAGUCUCACAUGCGAACUCACACAGGAGAGAAACCCUACAGGUGUAAGAUAUGUGGCAGACAGUUCAGUGAGCUGGGUAAUCUGAACAAACACAUGCGGACUCACACAGGGGAGAAACCAGUCCAUUUAACCACCAUGGAUAUGAGAUCGGACUUCAAUCUAGGAGGAGACAAUCAACAAUAUAGGAGCGCCAAGACCACAACCGGAAACAAAACAAGGGAGAAACAACAUCAAUGUGAGGAGUGCGGCAAACAGUUCAGUCGGCUGGGUCAUCUUAGGGGACACAUGCGGACUCACACAGGGGAGAAACCCUACAGGUGUGAGAGGUGCAGCAGGAAGUUCAGCAUGCUGAGUAGUCUGAAGACUCACAUGCGGACUCACACAGGUGAGAAACCUUACAGAUGUGAGGAGUGCAGCCGGCAAUUCAGUGAGCUGGGUAGUCUUGAGAAACACAUGCGGACUCACACAGGGGAGAAACCGUACAGGUGUGAGGAGUGCAGCAAGCAGUUUAGUCGGCUGAGUCAUCUGAAGUCUCACAUGCAGACUCACACAGGGGAGAAACCCUACACGUGUGAGGAGUGUAGCAGACAGUUCAGUCAUCUGUAUAGUCUUGAGAAACACAUGCAAACUCACACCGGGGAAAAACCCUACUUGUGUGAGGUAUGCAGCAGACAGUUUAGUCAGCUAGGUCAUCUGAAGACGCACAUGCGGACUCACACAGGUGAGAAACCCUACAGGUGUGAGGAGUGCAGCAAGCAGUUCAGUGAGCUGGCUAGUCUUGAGAAACACAUGCGGACUCACACAGGGGAGAAACCCUACAAGUGUGAGGUGUGCAGCAGGCAGUUCAGAGAGCGGAGUAAUCUGAAGACACACAUGUAUACUCACACAGGGGAGAAACCCUACAGAUGUGAAGAGUGCAGUAGGCAGUUCAGUCAUUCGAGUCAUCUAAAGAGACAUAUACGGACUCACACAGGGGAGAAGCCCUACAGGUGUGAGGAGUGUAGCAGGCAGUUCAGUCUGCUGAGUAGUCUGAAGAGUCACAUGCGGACUCACACAGGGGAGAAACCCUACAUGUGUGAGGAGUGUAGCAGGCAGUUCAGUCUGCUGAACUGA